UGUGUGCCGUGCCAAAAGGAACCCGCGUCUCUCUGUGUUGCCCAGGCUACGCUGCAGUGGCUAUUCACAGGCGCGAUCCCGCUACUGACCGGCACGGGAGCUUUGACCUGCUCCGUCUCCGACCUGGGCCGGUUCACCCCUCCUUAGUCAACCUGGUGUGCCCCAGCUCCCCGGGGCUCACCAUAUUGAUGCCGGCCUUAGCGCGGACGCCCGCUCGGCAUAGCGCACUGCAGCCCAGAACUCCUGGGCUCAAGCGAUCCGGCGGGCUCAGCCUCCCGAGUAGCUGGGACUACAGGCGCGCGCCACCACGCCCGGCGCUACUCGCAGCCGCGCUGCCGCCUCUAGUCCCGCCACAGCGCUGACGUCAGGCGCGGAGGGCGGGGAAAGCGGGCGCGCCGCGCCGCGGUGCAGGGCGGGACGCCGGGCAGGGGUGGUCAGCGCGUGCGCGGGCUGCCAUUUUCCUUUCCCUGUCAGGCGCACGGCAGCAGCAUGGGUCAUCAGCAGCUCUACUGGAGCCACCCCAGGAAGUUCGGCCAGGGCUCCCGCUCCUGCCGCGUGUGCUCCAACCGCCACGGCCUUAUUCGCAAGUACGGUCUGAAUAUGUGCCGGCAGUGCUUCCGCCAGUACGCUAAGGACAUCGGCUUUAUCAAGCUGGACUGAGCACCAGGAGGAUGAAGCUGUCGCCAGAAGCUCCCUGGGCUUCCCUGACACAUCUGCAGCGUCUCGGCACAGCUCUAGACAAUAAAUAGUCUUUCCACCUGA